UUUGGAUCGUCGUUUGCUUCCAGUGGUGUUUUGACCAUCAGAAGACUCUUAAGACUCGACGGAGGCCUCUCAACGGCGGGCCGCGAGCGACGCCCAACAUUUGUGAGCUUGGCGGAUUUGCCUGCUCCUCUCGCAAUUUUGCAGCGUACAGACGGCGUCGCCUUCGUUCGACAUGAUUCACGGCGUCUCCGAGGCAGUGUGGUUCGCUGCGGCAAGCGGCGUGCUCAAAGAUGCGGCCUAGAGCAAGUGCCACAUAGCCACCGCUGGUGAAGAGCACGCCCUCUGGCGGCGCGACGCGGCACGACUCACCCGUCGCACCUGGCCGACGAGCGCGCUGCUCUCGUCCGAGCGUGGCAGGGCUGGAGCACGACGCUUGGAACCAGCCGCACGAGACGACCGUCGCGCGGGCCAGUCGCUUGGGAGGAGACCUUUCACAAGCGCGGGCGAGAGAACGGCACGGUAGCGCGCCACCAGUCGCUUGGAUGAACGCAGCCCUCACCCCCAUUCCCCCAUCGCAGCAAGAUGCAGACCACCGUCCUCGCGCUCGCGCUCGGCUCGGCCGCGGCGUUCGUCGGCCCGGCGGCGCAGGCCCCGGCCACGGCGGUGAACGCCGGCCAGGGCGACCUCGUCGCGCUCGCCGAGGCGAACGGCGACCAGCUCGGCCGCAACCUCGGCUUCUGGGACCCGCUCGGCGCCUCCUCCUUAGAUUUCUUCGGCCUCGAGCAGAGCGGGCGCCUGCCGUCCGGCGCGACGGUCGGCUACCUGCGCCACGCCGAGAUCAAGCACGGCCGCGUCGCCAUGGCCGCCUUCGUCGGCUACUGCCUCCAGGCGAACGGCGUGCGCUUCCCCUGGACGCCGUACCCCGGCUUCCAGGACGGCCUCACGCCCCCGGAGCAGUGGGCGAACAUCCCCGCCGCGGGCAAGUGGCAGUUCUUCGUCUUCAUCGGCAUCCUCGAGGCCCUCGGCGAGUGCUUCCCGUCGGGCGAGCACUACAUGGCCGGCGGCCGGCCCGGCGUCUACCCCUCGCUCACGGAGCCGAACGACCAGAUGCUCUCGUGCGGCCUCUACCCGCCCCACGGCUUCAACGUCGACCUCCUCCCCUUCCGCGCGUCGCUCGCCAAGCAGGACGAGUCCAAGCGCGCCCGCGGCCGCCAGUGCGAGAUCAACAACGGCCGCGCGGCCAUGCUCGGCAUCUUCUCGCUCCUCUCGGAGCAGAAGGUGCCCGGCGCCGUGCCCUUCCUCUCGGGCAAGAUCCCGACGCUCCCGGACAUGGAGAUCAUGGGCCCCUUCGUCGGCACGGACGGCAUCUCGCACAUCUGGUAGAUUGCAGAUGAUGUGACAACGCGGCGGCGUAUAUAAGGACCUGUCACUUUUAUGCUUGUCUUACCAGCUAAUCCACGCCAUCGCCGCGACACCUCACACACACCACCACGGAU